ACUUUUCUUCUUCACUCGUAGCUCCCUCUAACGCCAUGUUGGCUGUUAUGACUUGACUUGUUGUUUUCAUCAGCCUUACUACGGACUUGACAGGAGUGGCUGUCUUAAAACGCCCCUGCCCCCUUUGGAGAAGCUCGAUUCCAUUUUUUUGUUGCGCGAACUCGUUUUGGAUGAUACGCGCGGAGUAUUCACGCAGCAUCCCCGUGACUUUGCGUUUGAAAGGAAUACUACUUGGAAAUAGAAGUUUGAAAGGGUUAUUUUUUUUUACCUACCCACAUUUUCUACAUGUGCAACAAAAUGUCAGAUGUUCGCCUUUCUACCGCGAGCCCGACAUUGGAGAGGGUGGAUGCCCGUCAGCCGGAAAACGCGAGACCCUCGGUGCGCAGAAAUCUUUUUGGCACACCGGACCCAGAGGAGCUACAGAGGUAUUUUCAGUCUUAUGCACAGGAAGAAGUGCAGCGUUUUACGGAGACCUAUAAUUUCGACCCUGUCAACCAGAGACCGCUCUCUCCGCGCAAUUUCGACUGGCAGGAGGAUUGCGACGCACCGGAGUUUUACACCCGGCAGCCUCACAGCAGACCCCGGCGAGAGGAAGACCUGCCCGGAUACAACCACCAGGAGGGAGCCGAGGAGAGGUCGGCUCAACCAGACACAGUCGGUUCGAGAAAGAGGCGUUCGGGAACUUCAGGUCCCUGCUCCAGCGAGUGUCCUGGUAAAAGGUCGCAUACUGAUGAAGAGGAUGAUGAAGACCAGUCGGACCGUGCAGGAAGUCAGGCGGUAUUAGCCUCGGAGGAGAGACCCAGCAGUGCGGCGGUUAGAACGGAGGGUGAAAAGUGAAAAACAGUGCCAGAGCGGGGAGACCUGUUGCUGAUGGAACACUGUAGCCUAGUCAUCAUCUGACAGAUGAGGAUGAAAAUAAAACGCGGCCUUUUCCUAAAGAAGGGAGGAGGAGAGGCUGCACAAGCACUGAAUAUGUACACUAUCAAGUUUUGGCACACAUUUCAAUUUAAAUUGCCUCAGAAGCAGCAGACAAUGUAGCAGUGUGCAAAUGGAUUUUUGCUCAUCUUUUUUAAAAUCUACUACCUAUGUUUCAGAUGUAGCACAUAAAGAAAGCAUACUAUGCUUUCCAUACCUUUUUGUUAAAUGUAUUUGUGUGAAUUUGACUCAGGAAGUUGCAGUGCAAUUUCCAACAGAGAAAUAUUAUUAUUUUGUUAAGUUGGUCAUAUUUUAUUAUUAUUAUUCAGGUAAUUGAUGUAAGUUAAAAAAUGCAGAUUUGAAAAGAAGUCAGGGUUGUGUGUAAACAAAAUGUCUUCACUCUUCUGUGGCUUUAUUUGUCCCAGUGUUGUAUAUCUUUUUCCUUUUUUUUUUUGUGAAGGCCCAGAUGGCUUCACUGUAAGUUGAGGGUCCAUCUAAACUGGGAACAGCCAUGACAUAACGUUUACAUGCAAAUAUGGUGUCCUUAUUUCCCCCAUUUUUAUUUCCAAAGUUUGUGCCUUUUAUUCUGGGGGUAAGGGGGGGUUAACUGCUGAGCAAUAUCUAACCAAAUUUGAACAGUAUUUGCUAAUAAUCCUAAGAAUUUAAAUUUCUUUUUUUUAAAUUAGGUGAGUUCAUAUUUUAGUGGCUUUUAGGUCACGUAAUCCGCCCCUUAUAAUAAGUGGUGUAGUCCAGGUUAACAUAGAUACAAUAUGUUAAAAACACUGGGCUACUUAUUAUGCAAAUAUGUGAAUCAAAGAUUUGUUAUUUGUGGUGUGAAAUUCAUGUGGAACAUGUAAUUGCACUAUUUUUAAUUUCUUUUUUAAAGGCAGAAAAACAACUGCCAUAUUUGGAGUAAAACUUUGAAGUGUACUUGUGUGCUUUUUUUCUUCUUUUUUUUCAAAACACUGAAAAAAUCCUACUAACUUAUUUAUGAUGAGCUUUUUAUUGUGGGUGCACAUGUGUAGCUUCCUGAAAAUACAUUUUUUGUAAAUAUAUAUUUUCAUUAUUGUUUGUAAGAUAAAUAAAUUGUUGCAAAACUGA